AUGACCCUUGCUCUUCCGCGUAUGGAGCCGCUCCCUCCCUUGGACGGACAACUUCCCGACUGCCCGGUCACCAUCUGGAACUCGGAGAACAUCGACAUUGCUGCUGAGCAGCGACGCUACAAAGAGGAGGGCAUUCCCGAAUCUCUCUUGGAGAUCGUAGCUGACAGCGAAAUCAACGCUCAAGGGCUGGCUUACUUCGAGCAAAACAAGGAGAUGAUCAUGAACCACUUGAAGCAGAAUGGUGCUGUCAUCUUCAAGAACUUUGACAUCAGCAAGACUCCCGAAGGAUUCCGCAGGGUCUGGGAAACCCUUGACAUGGCGCCGUGCCUUGACCCGAUCCACAACUCUGGACUUCGCUCAUUCCUCUCAUCCAGGGACGGAGUUUACGAGGAGGUGAACAAGAAGUCGCUCGCCAAGCACUACAUUGGUCUCCACAACGAGUCCACCUUCAAGAAGACUGCCACCUUCGGAGCUUUCGUUUGCUUCAGCCCAGCCAGUGAGAGUGGAGGAGAAUUCUUCAUUGCCGAUGGAGCUAAGAUCUUCCGUGAUCUCAGAACCGAGGUGCUCGAGUCUCUCUACAACAAGGGAGUGCGCAUCUCCGUGUCAAACUUGGACCUUGACUUCCUUGGAGCCCUUGGCCCUCUCAAGGAGCCUGCCAUGAACUUCUUCAAGGGAUUGAUUGGCUCCACUGUCGCCCCCAAGUUCGACAUGGACCUUGACAUGAUCUACGGAGCUGAUGGCAAGCCCCAGCGUCUCCAGGCCAUCGAGCACCGCCAGUCCCCCAUCAACAGACACCCCGAGACUGGCAAGCCCGUUUGGUUCUGCAACAUCCACAACCAUGCCAGAUACCUCCGCGACAAGCGCCCAUGCAGCGUGCCCGAGGUCGGCAUGACAGACGUCUACUACGGUGACCUCUCGCACAUCCCCAACGAGUAUGUGGAUCACAUCAACGAGGUUUCGGAGAAGCACAUCCAGAAUCUCGCCAUGCAGAGCGGUGACGUGCUCCUUAUCGACAACUACCGCAUGCUCCACGGCCGCCAGACCUUCGCGGGUGAUCGCCUCCAUGCGGUUUCUUGGUUCCGCAAGGGUGACGAGGCUGUCACUCCUCAAGGCAAGCCCGGCAACUUGCUCAACUCGGCUGUCAACUCUUUGAUCAAGUAA